AUGUCUCGACGGCAGGGUGAAGCGGAAGGGGGAAGAGGGGGAGGGGGAAGGGGGGGAGGGGGGAAAGGGGGGGGGAGAAAGGGGGGGUGGGGACGGUGGGAGGGGGAAUUCCAGGGCGGUGGCGGAUGCGAGGGAACAGGGGGAGCGGAGAGGCCGCGGCUGAUCCUGCUUCCAGACAACGCGUUUGGGGCGAGAUGCCUGGACGGCAGCCCCCCGGGGUACUAUUUCCGGGCGGGCACAGGGGCCGGCAGGAGCAUGUGGCACAUCUACCUGCCGGGCGGCGCGUGGUGUGGCUCUGCCGCCCAGUGCGUGGCCAGGAGCAAGAUGUGGCUGGGCAGUAGCACGUUCUACCCUGACGACCCAAACAGUAAGGUCGUCCGCCCUCCUUUCGGGGGCAUUCUGAGCAGCAACAGCAGCGUCAAUCCGGCCUUUUACAACUGGAACCUCGUCCGCCCCAUCUACUGCGACGGUGGGGGAUUUGCGGGGACGACUGGCAGGGUGGAGGUGGGAGGGGGGAGGGUGCUGUUCUUGGAUGGGUGGAAUAUCCUUCGAUCGAUCAUGGAUGAUCUGAAAUCGAAUCGGGGGUUUAAAUCCGCAGUGCAGAUCCUCCUGUCGGGCAGCUCAGCGGGCGGCCAAGCAGUCGUGGCUCUCUGCGAUCGCAUCGCUGCCGCCUUCCCCUGGGCGGCAACCAAAUGCAUCGCCGACUCGGGCUUCUUCAUUGAUUCCAAGGAUCGCACGGGGGGGUUCACAUGGCGAACCUAUGCCAAGAGCGUGGUGGACCUACACCAGCCCAAGUGGUCUUGUAUGGAUGGUCUCCCCAAGAGUGACCAGUGGAAGUGUUUUUUCCCGCACUACACUCUUUCAAGUCAAGUGUUUGCGCGAGAUACUGAGCACAAGUAA